AUGGCGCCGGGCACCCCUUCUGCGCGCACCCGCUCCCAGGCACCGCCCCUCGGCAGGGCCCCGCCCGCAGGGGUGUCGGGGCGCCGCCACCCAUUGGCUGAGAAGCGGGGAUGCGCGGCACCGGGAGCCCCCCCCCAGGAGCGCGCGGCCCACGCCUCAGUGCGUCGGUGCCUCCAGGCUAGCCGCUCACCUCCGGUUUCUCUGCCUCGCCGCCAGUCUUCGGCUCCCCUUCCACCUCCAACCCACUGGAGGCCGGGUGGCCGUACCAGAGGACUCCACAGCUCUCCCCGGCCACCGCUCCCCCUCGAGCCUCGUCCACAUAGGCGAGACCCGCUGCCUGCCGCCAUCAUGGCGGAGCCUCAGCCGCCACCUCCUCGGAGCCGCGUGAAGCCUAUGGGCUCCUCGAAGGGGGCCACUAGAAGUCGGUGCCUGCCUGCUGCUGUUCCACAUCCUGGGGCAGGGUGGGCUUGGAGGAAGCGGGGAGCAGUUGCAGAAAGCUGUCUGCUGCUGUGGGUGUUGCCACGUGGGAGCAGGCAUGGAACUGUCCCGAAGGCCCCAGCCACCAGCUCGUCCUUAAAACACGGCAAAGACCCUGGUGGUGGCGCCUUCCUAAGGUGGCAUCAAAUGGAUGAAACUGAAAUAAGAAGUUUCUUUGCUAGAUAUGGUUCAGUAAAAGAAGUGAAGAUAAUCACUGAUCGAACUGGUGUGUCCAAAGGCUAUGGCUUUGUAUCAUUUUAUAAUGACGUGGAUGUGCAGAAGAUAAUAGAAUCACAGAUAAAUUUCCAUGGUAAAAAGCUGAAACUGGGCCCUGCAAUCAGGAAACAAAAUUUAUGUGCUUAUCAUGUGCAGCCACGUCCUUUGAUUUUUAAUCCUCCUCCUCCACCACAGUUUCAGAGUGUUUGGAGUAACCCAAACACUGAAACUUACAUGCCACCUCCAACUAUGAUGAAUCCUAUAACUCAGUAUGUUCAGGCAUAUCCUCCUUACCCAAGUUCACCAGUUCAAGUCAUCACUGGAUAUCAACUACCUGUUUAUAAUUAUCAGAUACAACCACAGUGGCCUACUGGGGAACAAAGGAGUUAUGUUAUACCUCCGGCUUAUACAGCUGUUAACUACCACUGUAAUGAAGUUGAUCCAGGAACUGAAGUUAUGGCAAAUGAAUGCUCAGUUCAUGAAGCUACUCCAUCCUCUGGAAAUGGCCCACAAAAGAAAUCUGUAGAUCGAAGCAUACAGACAGUGGUAUCUUGUCUGUUUAAUCCAGAGAACAGACUGAGAAACUCUCUUGUUACUCAAGAUGACUACUUCAAGGAUAAAAGAGUACAUCACUUCAGAAGAAGCCGGGCAGUGCUUAAAUCUGUUUGAUCCUCUCUACUAGCCUUUAGUCUCAGUGAAAGUUACUAGUUUGGGAUAUUAAGAAGAGACUGAAAGGUUUUCACUAGUAGAGGAAUUUAAAUUUUGAUAAAUCACUCAGACUUUCUGUACAAGUUACAUUAGAUUGUCUCGUUUUAUUUUACAUUCAAACUGUUCUUAGAUGUUUAUUUAGAAACUAGUUAUGUGUUUAAUAUAGUUGAGAAAAUAAUUGAAAGUAAAAAA